AUGCCAGCCAUUCCUCCCCCCGGGCCCGUCCUCCACGCGAGGGCGGUCAAGGGCUUCGACUUCAGCUCCCUGUCUCCAGAGUACUUGCACUACAGCCGUGCUCACGAGAUCCUGUCCAUCACUGGAGCCUUCACGGCCAUCGCCGUCAUAAUCGUGCUUCUGCGCACCUACGUGCGGGCCGUCAUGCUCCGCUUCUUCGGUCCCGACGACUACCUGAUGGUCAUCAGCACCGCAAUCAGCGUCUUGGUCUUUGUUUUCUUCGUCAAGGAAACCGAGAACGGCCUCGGAAAACAUGCAUUGGCCAUGAUGGCUGACAUGGAAGCCUACUCAAACUUUCUAAGAUGGCUGUUUAUACAUUCCAUCUUCAUCAUGGUUGCAAUUAGUCUUGUCAAAAUAUCGCUUGCAAUGUUCCUCCUCCGGCUGGCCCAGCGGAAAACGCACAUUCGCGUCAUCUGGGGCAUGAUCGUCUUCCUCAUCGCUUUUACAAUCUCUUGCGCCGGGACUCUCAUAUUCCAGUGCACGCCGGUCCAAGGCGCAUGGGACCGUUCCAUCGGAGCAAAGUGUUUCGACUUUAUGACCUUCCGCAACAUUGGCCUCUUCAACAGUUGCGUGAACAUCGUUACCGACGUCGUCUUCGCUUCGUUGCCCAUUCCGUUCAUCUGGCAACUCCAAGUCAACACGCGGACCAAGCUAUCGCUCGUCGGCAUUUUGAGCCUGGGCUAUUUCGCGUGCGCGGCGGCCAUUGUCAAAGCUGUGAUGCAGUUCACCGUGAUCAACGAGCCGGAUUGGACAGUCCAUGACUCGUUCAACGUAUGGAACAGCAUCGAGCUCAACGUGGGCAUCAUGGCAGCGUCGCUGCCCGCGCUCAAGCCGCUGUUCAGCUGGUUCUUCGACGCCGCCCGGGCCAUGACCACCAGCAACGGGCAGCCCGGCACGACCAAGCACACCAACGGUCGGCACAUGCUGCCGUCGACGUACGCCUACCAGCGCGGCACCAACAACCUCGGCUACCUCAAGCAGGACGACACCAACGUCGCCCUCACCAGCCUGUCCAGCACCCACAUGGAAACCCAGACCGACUACGUCGCCGAAGUCUCGGGCCCUGCCAAGGAGCACCACGGCGGCUUGCUCAGCCAUCAUCACCACCGCGGCGGCGGCAGCGCCGGCAAGGAGACCGUGAGUGUGGGCGGCAGCAGCACGGGCAAAGAGUGGGACAUGGAUGCGCGGAAGACGAGCGCCGAGGGCAUUUUGCCUGAGGACGGGUGUGUGGGCAUCGUGCGGACGACCGAAGUCAGAGUCGAAGAAAGAUAA